AUGGAACAGGUUUCACAGAAAGGCAUCCCUACAGAAAAUGCUUUCAGGGGUCAAGUCCUCGCUGACCUCCUCGUUCAUGGCGCCUUGCAGUUCAAAGAGGCCUUAUUCAAUGGAAAUCCAAUAGCCGUUGCCACCAUAGGUGUUGUUUCAUUUCUUGUCCUGGCGGUGGCGGCACGAUGCACGUAUUCUCUUCGGGCUCCUCUAGAUCAAAAAAAUGUCAACAACAAACGGCGACGCAAAGCUGCCUCCACCAACAACGGAAGCAGCAGCACGACGGACAGUAAGCCCAGAGCACACGAGGCAGGGGCGAGUCCGGUGAACCCAACAAAAAAGAACCAGAAGAAAAGAGGGGGAUUCGAGACGCCGGCUCCUUCUAAUGCGUCAGUCUUGAAAGGAGGGGACUCUCAGACGGAAGAGAUGCGCGUGCACAACCAGGAGUCCACGGACGAUGGGGGCGGGGAGUGGUUGGUGGUUGCCAGAAAGAAGAAACAAAAGCCCAAGAAGCCAUAA